AUGGAAUUAUCAUUAAAUCUUUCAUCUUAUAUUUUCAGUGUAAAAACUCCAACUAAAGACCCUCCCAAGAGUAAUCCCAGCAAACGUCAUCGAUUACGACUUAAUUCAGAAUUAGAUCAUUUAGCUAGUCUCUUACCAUUUGAACAAAGUGUGAUAUCAAAAUUAGACAAAUUGUCCAUAUUACGGCUUGCUGUCAGUUAUCUGAGGACCAAGACAUACUUUCAAGCAGUUUUACCGUCUCGUUAUGGAAUAGAAAAUCAUUUAUUAGGAAGAUCUCAUUUAUUUACUGAACCUGGUUUCUCAGAAGGAGAGAGCAUACUACAGGCUUUGUAUGGUUUUUUAUUUGUGGUUUCAUGUGAUGGAGAAGUAUUUUUUGCUUCCAGAACUGUAGAACAGUACUUAGGCUUUCAUCAGUCGGAUAUCAUCCAUCAAAGUGUCAUGGAAUUAAUACAUUCUGAAGAUAGAGAGGAGUUUAAACGACAAUUAGGAUCGAGUUCUUGUCUCCCACCUGAAAAAUCCAAUAUGUCUUUACAUGAAAUUUUAUUGCCAGAAAACCAAAUGUACCUUCAUCGUUCAUUUACUGUUAGAUUUCGCUGUUUAUUAGAUAAUACCUCAGGUUUUAUAACAUUAGAAAUCAGUGGAUGGUUAAGAGUAUUACAUGGGCAGAAUCAUGGAAAUAGAACAGAAGAUCCACAACUAGCGUUAUUUGCAACAUGUUGUCCAUUCGGUCCUCUUUCACUCUUUGACAUUCCAUCUCGAGAACUCACCUUUAAAAGUAAACAUAAAAUGGAUUUUUCACCUAUCACUAUGGACAGUAGAGGAAAAUUAAUGUUUGGUUAUUCUGAUCAUGAUAUGUCUAAUAAAUCUGGUUAUGAUUUGGUUCAUCCUGAUGAUUUGAAUUAUUUCUCAUCUGCUCAUCAAGAAUUAAUAAAAACAGGAAGUUCUGGAUUGAUAGCUUAUAGGUGGAUGACAAAAGAUUUUAGAUGGAGUUGGUUACAAUCUAGUUGUAAGGUGGUAUAUAAAAAUAGUAAACCAGAUUUUCUUAUUGCAACUCAUCGUCAGCUAACAGAUGAUGAAGGUCAAGAUCUAUUCGGAAAACGUGGAAAUGAGUUCAAAUUACCUUAUCCUUUAUUAGAUAUGGAUUUAUGUGGAGGUUUUGGAUUUCCCGAUGAUGAUUUUUCCUCAAAAUCCAAAUCUAAUAAGGUGAAGAAGAAAUCUCAAGGGAGGGAAAGUGCCAUGCCUAAUAAAAAGCGUAAAGGUGCUUGUUUGGUGAAUGGUAUUCCAGGAUACACUUACCCACCAUUUAAUUCUUAUGAAACUGGAGACUAUAAAGCAGACAUUAUAUAUCCUUACAGUGGCAACAAUUAUGGAUAUGAACCAGAUCUCUACCGUUCCCAUGGUUACAGCUCAUUACAGGCUCCCUUGUAUCCAUCUACAGAAUCCUACCGUUUUGAAGCUGAGAAACAUGGUUUGACCAAUGGAUAUUUUUAUGAUCAUCGGCAAUAUCAAACCGCCCUUCCUUACUCAAGCAAUACUUUCACAGACAUUAUGACACCUUCAACGAAGUAUGGCUAUGAUGUGACAAAGUAUGGAAUUGAUCCAUAUAGUAUAGACUUGUCUAAAAAGAUGCAUUGUGCAGAGGAAGUUCCCCAUUUGGAUUCAGAUGUGAGAAAGUAUGGAUAUGAAUUACAUGAACGUUUUCCACGUUUGAACGGGUCCAUAGAACCAGUGGAUCUGCGUUCUUCAGUGUAUAAUCCUAAUCCUUAUAUGAAUCCGAUAGAGGGCACUGUUGCUCCUUCUUGUGUUCCCCCUUCCCCAUUCUAUAAACCAACACAGACUUCAAACAUGGCUGUAAAAGACAAAACAUCAGAUAAUGUGAUACAGCAUGAAUUGUCCCAAAGUCUUGGACAUAAUUCGGUCAUCAAGUCCACUAACAUUUAUUCAUCUCCGCAUCUGCCAUUAUCGAACUUGGGCUCUUCACUUACUCAUCUCAACUCUUCAUCACUCAAUCCACAAAUAAAAACAUCUUCGAAUAAUAACAAUAAUAGUAACUGUCUCUCAUGGAAUACUUCGUCCUGUGAUAAACGUAAUCUCUAUAAUCCAGUAAAUAGUGACCCUGAUCUUAGCCCUGGUCACCCUCCCAAUAUCAAUUCAUCAGAUCAUACUGUCAAGAAGUCAAUGGAACCGAAUCAGAAAUUGAGUCCAAAAUGUAACUCACAUCAAACUUCUGUGAUUCAAUCUAGGUGA